AGCAAGUUAUUGUCCCGCCUUCUCCAGCUCCGCCCCGUCCCUUUGCUCUUGCGGUAACAGUGUAUCAGUAGCGGCAGUGGCUGGCGGAGCCGGCAGGGGAGACAGAGCUGGAAGCCGGGCGGUGAGGAGAGAAGACAUCAGCCGGGGGAGGGAUGCAGCGAGCCGGCCAGGAGACACCUGUCUGCAGGGCUCUUUUGAUCACUGAAAACCAUCUCUGACACCUGUGAUAGAUUGCCAGGUGGUGUGGCGGCAGUACAAUCUGAUGGAGUCCAGGCCACGGAUCUUAUAUGCCGCUCUGUGCCUGGAAUCCAUGGACUUGAAUCAUUCAGCCAAAACAAGACAUGAAUGACCAGGAAGCAGAAAGGCCCUAUGUCGAGUGAUGCUGAAUACGUUGUUCUUCUGCCAGAGACAGUGAAAUCAUGGGAAACGCAGAAAGCCAAAAUGUAGAGCAAGCUUUGUACGGUAAAGAGCACCCAAGCCUGGGCCGCAAACACACCUCUCGCUCACUCCGUAUCUCCAACAAAGCUUCGCGUCGUACGAGGCAUGCUUCUUCUGGGAAACCGGUACACCGUAAUUCAGAAGUUAGCAACAGGUCAAGUAGUACUCCCAGCAUCCCACAGUCUCUUGCAGAAAAUGGCAUGGAACCCUACUCUCAGGAUGGCACCCUCGAUGAUUUUGAUACCCGAGGAUGGGCAGACGUGGGAAUGAGACCAGUGUCCUACCAUACAGAUUCUUCCGUCACGCCUAGCUUGAACAGCAGCACAGUCCUCACAGCGGCGUCCGUACAGAGUAUGCAGGAUUCUGAAGAAGGGAGACUCUACGGGGAGGAAUCUGCCUACUACCCUGACGGAGAUCGGCGAUCACAACUCUAUAUAACCAAUGGGCCCAACCUCUUGGAUACUGCCAGUUUUAAGAAGAAACGCUCCAAAUCAGCUGAUAUAUGGAGGGAGGACAGCUUAGAAUUUUCACUCUCAGACCUGAGCCAAGAACACUUAACUAGCACUGAGGAAAUUUUAUGUUCCACCGAGGAGAAGGAUUGCGAAGAAACCAUUAGACCUGACCCAGGGGACUCUCAGCUGGACUCUUCCCAACGUGCCAACUCCUUAACAGACUUGUACCCGCAGAAGAGCCAGUUUUCCACCAUCAAUGGUGUCCCCAGGAAUAAGUUCAUGAUCUACUGUCGAAACUUGGUGUCUCACUCGCCAGAAUCUGUCCAAUACAAAACGUCACCUGCCUCGGCCAAUGAGGCGCCGUCCUACAGUAACUACAACACCCUUCCCUGCAGAAAGUCUCACUGUCUUUCCGAAGGUGCUACAAACUUGAAGCUCAGUCAUAGUAACAGCAUGCACGGGCGCAGGGCGAAAACUACUCAGGGUGCACUCUGUUCUUCUAUGAAAGCGAUGGUCGCUCCGGUAUAGACAACAACAGUAUCCCGAAGCACGCCGUGUGGGUGGAGAACAGUAUCGUACAGGCCGUGCCAGAACAUCCCAAGAAGGACUUUGUAUUCUGUCUCAGCAACUCACUUGGGGAUGCUUUUCUCUUUCAGACGAGCAGCCAGACCGAGCUAGAGAACUGGAUCACGGCCAUCCAUUCCGCAUGUGCCACCACCGUGGCCAGACAGCACCACAAGGAGGACACGGUCAAACUCCUCAAGACCGAAAUCAAGAAGCUGGAGCAGAAGAUCGACAUGGACGAGAAGAUGAAGAAGAUGGGAGAAAUGCAGCUUUCUUCCGUUACCGACACCAAGAAGAAGAAAACCAUCCUGGACCAGAUCUUUGUCUGGGAGCAGAACCUGGAGCAGUUUCAGAUGGACUUGUUCCGGUAUCGCUGCUAUCUCGCCAGCUUGCAGGGUGGUGAGCUGCCAAACCCAAAACGCUUACUGGCUUUUGCAAGCCGUCCAACUAAGGUUGCCAUGGGCCGCCUGGGAAUCUUCUCUGUGUCUUCAUUUCAUGCUCUGGUGGCUGCCCGUACUGGAGAGUCCGGUGUCAGGAGGCGGACACAAGCCAUGUCCAGAUCAGCCAGUAAGAGGAGGAGCCGGUUUUCUUCUCUAUGGGGUCUUGACACGUCUUCUAAGAAAAAACAAGGGAGGCCGAGCAUUAACCAGGUUUUUAAUGAUGGUUCAGAAUCAUCUGUCAAGAAAUCAUUGGAAGGGAUCUUUGAUGAGACCAUAUCUGAAGACAAGAAGGAGAAGGAGGUGGCUCUGACCAGCGUCCAUCCUCACAAUCCCGACACCGACAUCUGGGUCCACGACUAUCUGACGCCUUCCUGGGUUUGUUUGCCAAACAACCAGUCGGUCCUGAUUGUAAUCCACCCAGAGGACACGGCUAAGGAUGCCUUAGAGUAUAUCUGCAAGAUCAAUAAGCUGGACUACACGGCUCAUUAUCUUCGCCUGAAAUUCUUAAUGGACAACCAGCCUCGCCUCUAUAUCCCCAAGCAUGAAGAGGAGAUCUAUGAGUUGCUUUAUAAGGAAAUUGAGAUUUGUCCAAAAUGCUUGAAAUACAUAAAGCUUGAAAAGAUUGGCCCUACAGACGCCUUUGGAUUCUCUCUGUGCUCAGUGGAAGAAGAUGGGAGACAUCACCUGUAUAUUAAUAAUGUGAAAGAGUCUGGCCUGGCCAUUAAGAAAGGCCUCAAAAUAGGAGAUGAAGUGAUGGAGGUCAAUUCAGCCACAGCCCGGGAUCUGAAUUCUGCCAUGCUGAAACACCUUCUGGCCAAACCUUUAUUGUGCCUUACUGUCCGCACCUGCCCUAAUUUGGAGGAGAACCAGUCACUGAGAGAGGCGCCCCCUCGCCGAGCGGAUGGAGAUAGCCUCGACUACACUCUCUUCUCCAGUAGUCGUGGUUGCAGUGAAGACGACACCGGCAAAGAGACCACUCCGGAGGAGAUAGAAGUGCAGCUGGAGGUGUCGGACGAGACCGAUGCAAUGAACAAAAGCACAGAGCAGGUUGCAGCCUUUUGUCGCAGUCUCAAUGAGAUGAAUUCUCCCGAUUCUUGCCUCAGCCCCUCCGAGUUCACAGGACCCCAGCUGGCGACCAUGAGGCAAUUAACGGACGCCGACAAAUUGCGCAAGGUUAUCUGCGAGCUGCUGGAAACGGAGCGCACCUAUGUCAAGGACCUCAAUUGCCUGAUGGAAAGAUACCUAAAGCCAUUGCAGAAGGAGACGUUUCUCACACAAGACGAGCUUGAUGUUCUUUUUGGCAACCUGGUCGAGAUGGUGGAAUUUCAAGUUGAAUUCCUUAAAACUCUGGAGGACGGGGUCAGGCUGGUACCAGACCUGGAGAAACUUGAAAAAGUGGACCAAUUCAAGAAAGUCCUAUUUUCCCUGGGCGGAUCUUUUCUGUAUUACGCUGACCGGUUCAAGUUGUACAGUGCCUUUUGCGCCAGUCAUACAAAGGUCCCUAAAGUGUUAGUCAAAGCUAAAACUGACCUGAAUUUCAAAGCGUUUUUGGAUGCUCAGAACCCAAAACAGCAGCACUCCUACACGCUGGAGUCCUACCUGAUCAAACCCAUCCAGCGCAUCCUGAAAUACCCUCUGCUCCUGAAGGAGCUCUAUUCCUUGACCGAUGCCGAGAGUGAGGAGCAUUACCAUCUUGAUGUGGCCAUCAAGACCAUGAACAAAGUGGCCAGUCACAUCAAUGAGAUGCAGAAGAUACAUGAGGAAUACGGAGCCGUGUUUGAUCAGCUCAUAGCCGAGCAGACCGGAGAAGUUAAAGAGGUUGCAGACCUCUCCAUGGGAGAUUUAUUACUGCACAACACUGUAGUAUGGCUCAAUCCACCGGCAUCACUGGGGAAGUGGAAAAAAGACCCUGAACUGGCCACAUUUGUUUUUAAGACAGCCGUUGUGCUGGUGUACAAGGACAGCUCCAAGCAGAAGAAGAAGCUGGGUGGCUCACAUCGUGCAUCUAUGUUUGAGGACAGGGACCCCUUUCGAUUUAGGCACAUGAUACCUACAGAGGCUUUGCAGCUUCGGGCUUUGACCACAUCAGAUGCUGAGACAAACUCUGUGUGUGAAAUAGUCCAUGUCAAAUCUGAGUCUGAGGGAAGACCGGAACGGGCGUUCCACUUAUGUUGCAGUUCUCCAGAUAGCAAGAAGGAGUUCCUGAGGGCCGUGCACUCCAUCCUGCGAGACAAGCACAGGAGACAGCUGCUGAAGACGGAGAGCUUACCCAACUCCCAGCAAUACGUUCCGUUUGGAGGGAAGAGGCUGUGUGCACUGAAGGGCGCUCGUCCGGCCAUGAACAGAGCAGUCUCCGCACCCAGCAGAUCACUUGCUCGAAGGAGGCGCCUGGUGAGGAAUCGAUUUACCAUUGACUCAGACACAGUCUACUCAACAAGCCCGGAUAAAGAAUCCGAACCAGAACCAGAGACCGAACCUAAACCUCCACAGCAGACAACCAGCAGCGGUGACACUGACCGCUGGGUGGAAGAACAAUUUGAUCUUGCUCAGUAUGAAGAGCAGGAAGAUGUGAAAGAAACGGACAUCCUCAGUAGUGACGAUGAGUACUGCGAGUCCAUCAAAGGUGGCUCUAUGGAUAAAGAUAUAAGCGAACAGCUAGAAGCCACCUCCAUAUCCAAUAACCCAUUGAAUAGCAUUCUCCAGAACGCGGUGGGCACUCACGCUUCUCGUAUGACUCAGCUGAAGAAGCAGACUGCGUUUUCCGGAAUGAACGGCAGCAUUGAGAGCACCACAGAAGAAGUCAUAUGGGUGAAACGAGAAGACUUUGUGCCUGCCAGGAAACUAAACACGGAAAUAUAAAGCUGUCACUAUAUGCUAUAAAAGGGUCCGAAAAGGUGACGGUUCAGCCCUUCAUGCACUGUGGAAUCGGGAUCCUCUAGACUGCACACUUGCACACACACAACAUUGGCAGCUCAAACCGGCCAGCGAGGCCACAACUGGUUACAAUAAAGCAAAUGCAAAAUCCUGUUACACAAGUCCACUCCUCCAGGUUGGGGUGGAGGGGUCGGCUUCUUAUUCUUUUUCUUAUUUAUUCUAAAUAAAAUUAUCAGGGUUGGACAGAAAAGGGUAAUGUACAAAAACGUGGCGGUAAAGACGAGAGGUGCUGCCUCAAGUCGUGUACAAAGAGUGAGCACAAAUAAGUAAAGGGAUUUGUGUCGUGACUGCUCGAUCACUCCUUUGUCCCCCCCCCAAACGCGUUUCCCUGGUUUCUGAUAUUGGCGUGUUUCUCCUUCUUUUCCCCAUCAAUGUUACGCUUCAGUAGCUUUGUAUUUGAAAAAAAAAAACUAAACAAAAAACAAAGUGUUUUUGAAGAAUAGUUUUGGAAUUUUUGUUGCAAAACUGUUACUUUUCCCUGUUUUUCUGGUUUUUCAGUCAUGCACUGGUUUUACAUUGUAAUUCUAAAAAUAAGUUAAAAAAAAUUAUAAAAUUGUAACCAUGCCAAACUCUUCUUCCCACAGACCCAGAUGCAAAACUUGAAAAAACAAAACAAAAAAAGUUCUAUAUUUCUCUAUUUUUUUUUUCCUUUUAUUUUUUUAAUUUAUACCUUUUUAAAAAUUCAGGGACACCAAGGGAUAUUGGGGGGCAUUUUACAUUGUAAAGUUAAAGAAAGUACAGAUGAUCUAAUCUUUCAUAGAGAAUAGGACACACUAGUUUUAUACGCAUAUAUAUAUUUAAUAAAGAAAGUCUCCGACGAGGAUGUCCAUACAUUAAACAUAUCCUGAAUUUUUUUUUUUACUCUAUUUUUUAAGUCGUAGCAAUGCACCUCCUUGAGCCUGACCACUUCAUGGACCAUUCAAGUAGGACUUGAUCUCUUGCACUUAGCAUACAUUAUGUUCCCACUUUCCACUCUCUUCUCACCUGACCAAUUUUUUUUUUCUCGUUCCUUCUCCACCAGACGACAUGACGGCCCAGCAUCUCCUCUUUAUUUAUAUUUUUUUUAAUAAAUACUGAUACCUAUCUCUGUUGUGAGAUACUUUGACAUCAUUGUGUUGUGCGGAGUUUGACAUCUUCAUGUUGUGAUUACUUGGUGGAAAUAGCUACUUAAUAUCUGAAGUGCCCGAUGAACCAAUGGGAACGACAACAAAAAUAAAAUAACAUGGCCCCUGGUUUAACGGCACUGUAAGAUGUUAAGGCCAAUGUACAUGACGCUAGCUAUGGUUCCAUUGUGACGUGAACGAGUGAGGAACGUGACUUUGCUAUAACUUUGCUGCUUUGCAAAUCCUAGUACAUCUUAUUUUUGGUUGGCGUGACGGUGAAUUUUGCAAUCCAUGAGCAAAGCUUUUGAAAAAAAGAAAUAUGAAAAAAAAUCCUCUUCCUUCGUAAAUCUAUUGUACGAUGCCAUCUGCAGUUCACUUGUGCGCGCGCCCCCUCCCCGACUCAGUAUCCGGAGGUGAACAGUCCUGUGGUGUACUGUACCAAGCAGAAUAUGGUCAAUUGUAAAAAAUAAAAAAAAAAUAAACUGGAAAGUCCGGUGCUUGACUUGGGUACCAGUGUAUGUACAUACUGUCAUGACAUGUCUAUGUCAGAUGUUCUUAUAUAUUUCUUUUAUAAGCUGAAAGAAGGUCUAUUUUUAUGUUUUUAGGUCUAUGAAUGAAAAGUUGUAAAUGCUUGUCAAACAAUAAAAAUAUGAUAUUAA